UCAUAAUUUAUCUUUUAUUGCAAUUAAACUCAACUUCAUCUUCAUUAUUGCUUAUUGAUUUUUUAAAAUGCCGUUUGUUUGCCAUGAGUACACUUUACCUAGUGAUUUUAGAUUUUGGACAACGAAUUACCUUCCUAUUACCUUUUCCCAAUUUUCUCCCUUUGAAUAUCGACUUACUUUCCGUAGCAACAAAAAAAUUUUCCAAGCGAAAAUCCAGUUGUAAUUUUGUUUAGAAUCAUCGAUUAAAGCUUACUUUGUUGCCCCCAUGGUUUUUGACCAUUUCGGGCCGUAUUGUUUCCGCGGACUAAUUUUAGUGUCGUUCUACUCUCUCGCCGAAACUUUCGAAUGACAUAUAAACUGUCCAAUCUAAAAUUGCCUGGAAAAGUAGUACUUUCUUUAAAUUGUAAUUUUAUGAUUUAUUAUAGAUAUAUUCGUGAAGGACAAGUGGAUUUAGAGAGCUUUGAAACUGCUCGUUAUGGAUUUUUUUGGAAAAAACUUACUGGAAAUGUUCGCACUACUGGAGCUUAUAUUCGUUGUUCGGCAAGAGAUGAGAAUGGACGUUUAAUUUGUAAUGCAAGAAUUAAAGGAAAAUUUGAAGAUGGAGUGGUUAAAAUUUAUAAUAACGGUAUUAGUCAUAAUAUUGAGCAUCCUGCUCACCACUUUCCUCGUUAG